AUUUGUCCACGAAAAAUGCCCGAGGUCAUUCAACGACCGCGUUUAGUUGCUUUCAAAUUGCAGUGCAACGAUAAUAUAAACGCGGGCCACUUCCGAUUCCAACCACUUAACGGUAAAAGAUCCAGCAUGGCACCGUCACUGCGCCCCAUGUCGACCUUCUUCUCCAUUCACACUUCCCUGCUUCCAUUCAUUUCGAAACCCUCAAUCUCGAAGCAAAAAUUCAUAACGAAACGCCUUGAAGACCAUCACCAUCUUCCAUCUCCAGUCAAGAUCUCCCGAAGAGAUGCUGCUUUACUCUCGUUCCUCGCUCUCGUCCCUUUACUCUCGCAGCCUUCUCCUGCCUUAGCUUUCUCUAUCGGAAUUUCUGGACCCAAGGACUGGCUUAAAGAGCAGAAGAGGAAGUCCUCGAAGUUUCUAUUGGCACCUAUCGAUGCCUCCCGAGAAAUACUUCGCUCUGCCUAUCUCUUACUCACUGCUAAUGAAUUGGAGCACACAGACAAGGAAUUAGAGGAAGUUCAAGGGCUGUUGCGAUCAGCUGCCAGGGAUUGCGUUCCACAAGAGAGGAAUUCGUUCGUUGCGUUUCAGGCAAAUACUGGAGUGGAGGUAUGUACAUUCCGGUUGAUUGUGAAAAAUGCCUCUUCUUUGCUUGAUAAAAAGGAUCCUACAAAGUUGGAAGCCGAAGCUAUGCUAGAUGAUCUUAUAAGAUCCUUCACUUCUCUUAAUGGCCUGGCAAAUGAACCUGAUAUUCAAGCAGCUUCCAGUAGGCCAAAUCAUUAUGACAGUGCCUUCUUGUCUAGUUGGAAAGUCUAUUUCUGUCAAUCUGAGAUUCUGAAUUUCUUUCUAACAAAGAAAGAAGGUUGCUGAUGCACUCAUGAAUACUAUAUCUUCACUAAACAAGUUUGAAGAGCGUGUGAAGGACUGCCUUGAAGUUUGAUAAUUUUUCUUCCAUCCCACGAUUAAAGUCAAACUACUCAGGUGAAUGGUGUUCCUGAAGACCUUGGAGAUGAUCCUCCCUCCUCUUUUUCAAGUUGUCUUUUAAUUUGAUAUUGACUGUAUCCUUUCUUUGAUACACCAUUCUUUUUCCCAUGUUCCCAUGUCUUUUCCCCAAUCAUUGGUGGAGGCAGGCUAACUGUAUUUUAGGAUUAGAUAAGAAUAAAGUCUUAUUCAGGUUAUUUAUAUUUAUCUUCUUUUAGUUUGUUUGUCGGGUUAUGUUCUUACUCAUGCUAAUACAGAAAGCUUAUUCUCUUCCCCAGAA